AUGUGGAAAAAGACAAGAACGAAAAAACGUGUCACGAUAACUCCGCAAGAACACAACAUCCACAAAUCUUUAAGAUUUAUCUUCGUGGUUGCACAAAUAUUCGGGUUCUUUCCUGUUCAAGGGGUCCUGAGCAAGACGCCGAAUUCCGUGGGCUUUUCCUGGAUGUCUGUACGAAUUUUAUCAGCAAUUUUGACAUGCACUGGUGGUUUUUUGGUGGCUCUGGGUCAUAUAAGACACAUGAUACUUACUGAGUAUGAUCAAUUUGAAAUGAAUGGUGUAAUUUUUUACACUUGCGGAUGCCUCUCGUGCAUAUAUUUCAUUAAAAUGGCUACCGAGUGGCCUCAAAUUAUUUUAAAAUGGCAAGAAGUCGAUAUAGCUAUGGCAACAUAUGGCUGGCCCCGGAACUUGAAUCGGAGAAUAAAAAUUGUGUCUGCUGUAUUUUUACUGUUGGAAACUGCUGAACAUUUUUCCAUUCAAGCGAACAAACUAAUAGUGGCAGUUCAAUGUAAAGGGUCACUCGCUAAAGGUUUUGAACAUUUUACAGUCAAUAUGUCUUUCCCUGUCAUAUUUGACGUAAUAAAACCUUUUUAUUCGCCUUGGUUGGGUCUAGUUUUUCAGUUUGUUAACACGCGAAUGGCUUUCUCUUGGACUUUUAUUGACCUGUUUAUAAUAUUAAUCAGUUGUGCGCUGGCUAUGAGGUUUGGACAAAUCAAUUAUAGGGUUCGUUGCUUGAAAAACAUGAAAGUACAAUCAGAACGAAGCUGGGGCUCUGUUAACGAAGACUAUAACAGAAUGUGUCAAUUAUGUGCCCUUCUCGACGACAAAAUGUCAUUUCUCAUACUUAUAUCAUUUUUUAAUAACUUUUAUUUCAUUAUAUUUCAAGUGUUUGGAAGCUUAAAUUUACACAAAGCUACAGCACUGGAAGUAAUCUAUUAUUACAUUUCAUUAGGACUAUUAUUGUUACGCAUAGUUUCAAUAUGUUUGUAUGGCAGCUGGAUACACGAGGAAAGUAAAAAAGGUGUGGAAUUAAUUUCUUCUAUUUCUCCAGAAUUUUACAACAGGGAGAUACUGAGAUUCAUGCAAAGUAUUAAGUAUCAAGCGGCUGGACUUACAGGAAAAAAGUUCUUCAAAAUAUCAAGACAACUUGUAUUAAAGAUAGCCAGCGCUGUAGUCACAUAUGAGUUAGUAGUUAUACAAUUUAGUAGAAAUGCAGAAACAAAAGAUGAACCAUCAAAAAAUUCAAUUUGCUCUUCUCCGGCCGACGUCACCGACAAUGAGUCAUCAUCGCCGUGCAUAGAACCCAUAGGCGUCGUACCGGGGCGGUGUAUGGGUUAA